AUGCAAUUCAACAUCAUCACGUCACUCUAUAUCGUCAUCGGAUUUGCUUUUAUCAGCACAACGUUUUCGGCUCCAGUCCCGAACCCGAACCCGCAGUUAGGCCAAGUGGUCGGCUCUGUCACUGGCUUGGUUGGAAGUACAACGGGAUCAGUCGUCGGUGGAGUGGGAGGCAUCGCCAACAGCCUCACAGGCGCCCUCGGCGGCCUGACGAACGUACUGGGUGCCCUCCCAAUACCUAUCCCCGGCCUGGAUACGAUCCUCACACCUAUCACCACCACCCUCGUAUCCACAUUCCUCGUAACGCUCCCCUCCUCCCUCAUCGGUCAAGUCGUCCAGCUCCUCAACACUCUCCUCGUCACCCUUCCCACCGAGCUAUUGGGGAGUGUGGAUGACAUCUUACUGGCUGUUUUCUCCAUAGUUACGGGAGGCGUUACUAGUGUCGAGGUUGCUGUAGCAUCCUUGGAUGGCCUCGUUCCCGCCGCCGCUCUGGGUCCUGCAAGAGAGCUCUUACGAAGUCUUCUCGCCCUUACAGCCGCAUAG